AUGGCUUUGCGCGCAGCUGAAUGGCACAAGCUGCCUACAAGCCUCACGGAACUCUGCAUCAACACCACCCUGCGAUGUGGGCAAUCGUUCAGAUGGCGCAAGUCCGCCGAUGAUGUCUGGUCAAUGGCCCUUCACGGUCGCAUACUUUCCCUCCGCCAAGAUGCCGACUACCUCCACUACCGCGCAACCUACCCACCUAUUACCACCGCCCUUCCUACUCCGCCCCCAUCCAAUGCGCCCUCGGUUGCGCCCGAGGAAGACGACACUCUUGCUCUCGUCAAACACUAUUUCAACCUCGCGCCCGACUUGGGCCAGUUGUACGAGCAAUGGGCGGCGUCUGAUGCCAACUUCAAGAAGCGCGCUCCCAAAUUCACUGGUAUAAGAAUAUUGCGGCAGGAUGCCUGGGAGGCUCUGAUCGGUUUCAUAUGCAGUAGCAACAACAACAUCAGUCGCAUAUCUGGCAUGGUGCAUAAUCUUUGCUUGCACUACGGUCCGCUUAUAGGAAGCAUCGAUGACGUACCCUACCACGAUUUCCCCACGCCCGACGCCCUCUCAGGCCCCAACGUCGAAGCACAUCUCAUGAAGCUUGGGUUUGGUUACCGUGCCAAGUACAUUGCGAAGACUGCACGAAUGGUAUCAGAAGAUAAGGGCCUGAAAUGGUUGGACAGUCUGAGUAACCCCGAGUGUCCACAAUUUGGAGUAGAAGAGAAGCUGGCUGGAGACAUGCUUGAGGGUGGUCGUGAGGGAUAUCGACAAGCACAUGAAGAGCUUCUUGCCCUGCACGGUGUGGGCCCAAAGGUCGCAGACUGUGUGUGUCUCUUUGGGCUCGGCUGGUCCGAGUCUGUACCUGUCGACACACAUGUCUGGCAGAUAGCCCAACGCGACUACAGGUUCGGCAAGGGCAAGCACAGUAGCCUAACUGCUGCUACAUACGCUGCGAUUGGGAACCUGUUCCGAAAGCUGUGGGGAAAGGAAGCAGGAUGGGCGCAUUCUGUCUUGUUCACGGCGGACCUAAAGGCAUUCUCUGACAGGGUUGUUGCAAAAGUUGAGGUCAAGGAAGAGGAGGUAACAAUAAAGAAGGAGGAAGAGGAUACCACCAUACAACAAACGGUCAAAAAGGAGACCACGAAGCGAAAGCGCAUAAAGCAGGAGCCUGAGGAAGCGCCCUCUGUUGUCCAAGUAAAGCAAGAGACGACGACACGUAGGAGCAAGCGGCAACGAGCUUAG